AUGUCACGCAGAAACUCGGAUGACUUUGAAGAAAACAUUUUCAGUGAUGCAGAAAAUGCUUAUAUACCAAACGUUUAUGUAGAUGAAAGAUUAAUUAAGUACAGUAGACUAAACAUAGGCCAUUUAAUUGCGAAAAAAUCAACCCUAUGUUCUGAAGAAACGAGCAGGACUUACGUAGUAAAUGGAAUUACGUUUUGUGAACGUAAGAUGACAGACGAAGAAGAUAUAAUGGAAUUUGCAAUUGGAGACGAAUUAGAAUUAAAGAAUCCGGAUAUUGGUGAUGAGAUUUCAUUACCUUCUAAUAUGGAGUUGACAGAGGAUAAAGGCGAAACAUCUGACACUGCAUCUCUUAUUAUGACAAUUGAGAAAGCACCAAAUGGUGUUAUUAUUAAUUCCAACGUAUUCCUGACGCAACCACAGUGGAAUACUCUUGUGAAUGUUGACGAGACGACAGUUCAGUGUGCAGUGUGCGCAGUUCUAUGUAAAAUUGACGAGCAACAUGAUCACAUACACUCUAAAGAGCAUUUGAACAAUUUGGAAAAGCAUUCGCCUCUGGACAAACAUGAUCUUUGUAUAAUAAGGAAGAUAAAUGACGAAUAUCACUGCGGUGUGUGUAGCGAACUUUUUGACAUUAAUAAUUUAAAAGAACAUUUCUCAACGAAAUCCCACGAAGACAAACUACUGUUCGCCGUCAACAGAGUAUCUGACAUCAUGUAUGAUCUAGAUCUGUACAGUGACAAAAUAGAGAAAGAGGAAUGCUACCAUUUCAACGCAAGAUCUGUCAACAAUAUGGAUCAUGUUAAAGAAGAAAUUGCAGAUGAUGAUAGCUACGAAGGAUUCUACGAUUGUUAUUGGACAGAGAAACGAUGUUCACCGGACUAUGAAAACCAAAGCACAGAUGAAUGUAUAUCUGAAAUAGAGGAAGACAUACCUCAUCAAUCUUCAUAUGCUACUAUGGCUAGAAAACCAAAGUCUAUGCCGAAAUUUCUAGAAAUGCAAUUUUUCGGGAAGAAAGUGAGGGUGCGCUUCGAUUCUUGGAAUAUGAUUUUUAACAUGAAAUCUAGUAGAUUCUACUGCAUGGUGUGUAAAGUUGAAGACAACAUCAAGUUGAAGUCUAUCCAUUGUAACGGUGAUGAACAUAUAGAACGAUUGAGUAAGUGUACCGUUGUGGAAAAAUACGAUGGAUAUCUGGUUAGAAAGGUUGACCACAAAUUAUAUCACUGUGCACACUGCAACAAUCUUCAAUUAAUUCAUGACAUGGACUACCACCUAGAAACGACACAUCCACGGAAAACAAACAAGAACAUAACAGAAGAUUAUAAAAACACUCCACCAUUAUCCAAAGUUAAUAAAAAUGCAAAAGCGAACACAGUGAAACCGCCAAAGACUAGAAAAAAUAGCAAUGUUGAAACAAAAUCAUUUGCCACAGAUCACAACAGAAACAAUUUAGUGUUGGACCUCAAUCGCAUAGAAUAUAAAACAAAGGAACUCAAUAUUUUCUGCAUGAAAUACACUCUGUCACUUAUGUCAUAUAAUAUGGUGCUGUGUUUAAAUGGAUUUCAUUGUUGCGUCUGUGAAUUCUCGUCGGAUGCUGAUGGAAUCGCGAGGCAUAUUGAGGAUGUACAACAUAUAGAACAUUUAAUGAGAACACCAUUUAUAUAUGAGUUUAACUGCAAUUUAAUAAGAGCGAUACGUAAUGGUUUACAUUGUUCCAUUUGUAACAUUCCCGUUUCUUAUGGUUUGAUAAACGCACACAAUAUGGACCCAGUUCACGUCGGUCUUUUAAACAAGGCCAUUACAUUAUCACCAGCCACACAAAUAAUCAAAGACCAUGUAGAAAAUCAACCGUCCACAAGCAGGAAAUCAAGCUUACUAACUCAAGGUCACGACAAUGAAUUCGGUAUACUUGGCGAGGAUAGGCGAAUUCAUACAGAAAAUUAUUCGGAGAAUAUUUCUCAAGCUACUGAUGUGACGUUAGAAUUAAAUGAAGAUGAUAUACAAGAGGACACAACAAGGAAAGCUACCAGAAGCAGGAAACCAAGCUUAAAAACUCAAGAUCAUGUGAAUCAAUUUAGUAUACUUGGCGAGGAUAGGCAAAAUCAUACAGAAAAUGAUUCGAAGAAUAUUGCCCAAGCAACUGAUGUCGCGUUAGAAGGAAAUAAAGAAGAAAUUACAGAGGAAACAGUAAAGAAAGCCGCAGCUAAUGCAUGUAUAGAUGAUGCAAAUGAAAUUGAUACAGAAGACGAAGAAAACACGCUGAUAGACACAGAAGAAUUUGUGUAUUUGAAACUUAAAAAUAUUUUUAUUAGAGUGUCAUUGUCUUCUUACAACACAUUAGUACAAACUGGCGACGGAUCCAGAUACUGUUUUCUUUGUUCUUCAUCGGUGCAAUUCGAGAAACUUAAAAAGCAUGUAGACAGUCGCCAUCAUAUAGAGAAUCUUAGCAAAUAUAAGUUCUUGGACAAAUACUCAAAACACUUAGUCCGUCAGGUUUACCUGAACUACCACUGUGGCAUAUGCAACGUUUCUUUUCCAAGUCAAGACUUAAACACACACUUGUCUUGGCCCGUGCAUUUACAACAAAGCGAUUGCUGUCGAAAAAUCGAGAAGAAAACCAGAAAAUUAGAAGCGAAGAACGGUAUUCAGCAGAUUAACAUAUCUUUACAGAAGGAAACUAUAUAUUCGGAAAAAGUUGAAUCAAAAAUCAAUAUCGUCCUGAACAUAGAGUUUGCACAAGGAGCGCUAAAUCAGGUUUUCAGAAAAAGCAAAAUUGUCGUGAGCAAUGGAAAUGUGUUGAAGAUCAGCUGGGAUAGCUGGCACGGGUUUAUCAAGACAAAGUCUGGACACAGGUGUUGCUUGUGCCAGAAGGACUUGAAGACGUACGAUGUACCAUUACAUGCUGGUAGUACAUUCCAUGUGAGGAAUUUGGAGAAAAAUUUCCUCAAGCAGUAUAUACCAGCUUUGAUAAGAAAGAUCAACGAAACAACCCUUAAUUGUAUUACCUGCAACACUGAAGUCUCCAACAGAGAUUACAUUAUCUUUGAGCACGUCAGUGGAAAAAAGCACGAGAAAAAUUACGAAUUAAUAGUGCAGGCUAGCGCGCAAGCCGGCACCUUCGCCGAUUGCGAUGCAGAUGUCUUUACAUUAGACGGAGAUAAGUGCAAGAAUGAGUAA